UAGACGCGGAACCGAGACACGCGAAGCAUAACGGCCAUACUAUCGGCAGAGGGGGCUGUGAAGACUGCUGCCCUUCAUCACAUUUCGGUACAACCUGUACAGAACUGUUGGGAGACUUUUAACUACUCUGACCCGAAAUAAAUAUUAAGCAGUCGAGAAAAUGGCGCAGCCGGACAGCAAGAAGAUAUUCUUUGAGAACCUGUCGGGAGCAGGGAAAGCCAUCGCAGUGCUCACGAGCGGAGGAGAUGCUCAAGGAAUGAAUGCGGCAGUCCGCGCCGUGGUCCGAAUGGGGCUGUACGUGGGAGCUAAAGUUUAUUUUAUUCAUGAGGGGUAUCAGGGGAUGGUGGACGGAGGGGAAAACAUAAGAGAAGCUACCUGGGAGAGUGUCUCCAGCAUGCUACAAGUGGGUGGGACCGUGAUCGGCAGCGCCCGGUGCAAAGACUUCCGCAGCCAUGAGGGCCGCCUGAAGGCAGCUCACAACCUGGUGAAGCGCGGCAUCACCAACCUAUGCGUGAUCGGCGGCGACGGCAGUCUGACGGGAGCCAACCUGUUCAGGGAGGAAUGGAGCGGCCUGCUCUCUGAGCUGGUGCAGCAAGGUCUGAUCGAAGCCGACGCCGUGCAGAAAUAUUCGGCCCUGCACAUCGUGGGGAUGGUGGGCUCCAUCGACAACGACUUCUGUGGAACCGACAUGACGAUCGGUACUGAUUCAGCCCUGCACAGAAUCAUCGAGGUUGUAGACGCCAUCAUGACCACCGCACAGAGCCACCAGAGGACGUUUGUGUUGGAGGUCAUGGGCAGGCACUGUGGCUACCUGGCCUUGGUGAGCGCUCUGGCUUGUGGUGCCGACUGGGUUCUGAUCCCUGAAAUGCCUCCGGAGGACGGCUGGGAGGAGAAGAUGUGCCAGAAACUAUCUGCGAACCGCGCAGGGAUGAAAAGGCUGAAUAUCAUAAUUGUCGCCGAAGGGGCGAUUGACCGUAACAACAAACCCAUUACAACUGACUAUAUUAAGAAUCUUGUUGUCAAAAACUUGGGCUUCGACACACGGGUCACCAUCUUGGGCCAUGUGCAGAGAGGAGGGACGCCGUCUGCUUUUGACCGCAUCUUGGCCAGUCGUAUGGGAGUGGAGGCCGUCCUGGCUCUCCUGGAGACCACCGCCAACACGCCGGCCUGCGUGGUCUCUCUCUGCGGGAACCAGUCGGUGCGCGUGCCUCUGAUGGAGUGUGUUCAGACGACUCAAGAGGUCCAGAAAGCCAUGGACCAGAAACGGUUUGAGGAGGCUGUCAAACUUCGGGGCAGGAGUUUCGAAAACAACCUGAGGACGUACAAACUGCUGGCUCACCGCAAACAUGAGUCUGAGCUGCCAGUUAGCAACUUCAACGUGGCGGUGCUGAACGUGGGAGCGCCAGCGGCAGGCAUGAACGCCGCCGUCCGGUCGGCCGUCAGGGUGGGGAUUUCCGAGGGACACAAGAUGUUUGCCGUCAGCGACGGCUUUGAAGGAUUCUACAAAGGGCAGAUUAAGGAGAUUAAAUGGGGAGAUGUUGGAGGCUGGACUGGACAGGGUGGCUCCCUGUUGGGAACUAAAAGGACGCUUCCCGCGAAGCAUGUCGACAAAAUUGCCGAGCAGAUGCGAAAGUACAAUAUAAACGCUCUGCUGGUAAUUGGCGGAUUUGAGGCCUUCCUGUCACUGCUGGAAUUGUCAGCGGCUCGUGGGAAAUAUGACGAGUUCUGUGUGCCCAUGGUCAUGGUCCCGGCCACGGUCUCCAACAAUGUGCCUGGCUCAGACCUCAGCAUUGGCGCUGACACGGCUCUGAACGCCAUCACUACUGCGCUUGAGUGUCUGCUGCAGCUGUGUGACGCCCGUUCUACCUUUGAGGAGUUUUGCAUCCCAAUGUGUAUGCUGCCUGCCACCAUAAGUAACAAUGUACCGGGCACAGAGCUGUCUAUCGGGGCAGACACGGCCCUGAAUGCUAUCGUGGAGACUUGCGACCGCAUCAAGCAGUCAGCCAGCGGGACGAAGAGGCGCGUGUUCAUCAUCGAGACCAUGGGGGGCUACUGCGGCUACCUGGCCACCGUGGGGGGGCUGGCGGCGGGCGCCGACGCCGCUUACAUCUACGAGGAGCCGUUCGACAUCAGAGAUCUACAGGCUAACGUUGAACAUCUGACAGAGAAAAUGAAGACCAGCAUCCAAAGGGGACUGGUGCUCAGAAACGAGAACUCCAACGUGAACUACACGACCGACUUCAUCUACCAGCUGUACACGGAAGAAGGCAGAGGAGUGUUCGACUGCAGGAAGAAUGUGCUGGGACACAUGCAGCAGGGAGGAGCGCCGUCGCCGUUCGACCGCAACUUUGGGACCAAGAUCUCCGCCAAGGCCAUGCAGUGGCUUUCCCAGAAGCUGGUGGAGUCUUACAGAAAAGAUGAAGGCCGAGUGUUUGCCAACACCGAGGACACCUGCUGUCUGCUGGGGAUGCACGCCAGGGCUCUAGUCUUCCAGCCCGUCGUGGAGCUCAAGGAUCACACCGACUUUGUCCACAGGAUCCCCAAAGAGCAGUGGUGGCUGAAGCUGCGUCCCCUGAUGAAGAUCUUGGCCAAGUACAAGACGAGCUACGACGUAUCUGACUCGGGACAGGUGGAGCACGUCAUACACAGCCGACCCAAAGACUCGGACGCUUCGGUCGCCAUGUGAAGGCACUUUGCUGUCCGCUGUCCCGUGAAGUCCAGCCUCUGUGUGUGUGUGCGCGUGUGUGUGCGUGCAAGUGUGUGUGAGACAGAGACUAGUAAGUUCUGGAACUGAUAGUCCAGAUGUUGUAAUGGAAGCUCAGCGAAACAGCGUCGUGUUCGUUUCACUUGUUACCAUCAUCUCCCCUCAGAUCACAACUGAUGAAUUUUAACCGAGCCUUCCAGUACUCCCGAUGUUACGUAACACAACAGUCUUGCCAUACAUAUGCGGGUU